AACUCAAAGUCUUGUGACUAUUUCAAAACAUUGAAACUGUAUGUGUUGAUGAAAGUUUCAUUUAUGAACAGGUGUUAAGGUAAAAAGGAAACAUGUUUAGCAGUUCGGCGAAUUACAAUAAGUUGAAAACCAACUUAAGACUGACAAUUAAUCGUUUAAAAUUGUUGGAGAAAAAGAAAACAGAAAUAGGGCAGAAAGCUUUAAAAGAAAUAGCAGACUACAUAGCUGGCGGUAAGGAUGACAGGGCGAGAAUCAGAGUGGAGCAUAUCAUCAGGGAAGAUAACCUGGUUGAGGCUAUGGAGCUGUUGGAGAUGUACUGUGAUUUGCUCCUGGCAAGAUUUGGCUUGAUUCAGACACAGAAGGAGUUGGAUCCAGGCCUUGAGGAGGCCAUAGCCAGCCUGAUCUGGGCGUCACCGCGCCUGCAGACAGAUUGUCCGGAGAUUAAAGUCAUUGCUGAUCAGCUCACAAUCAAAUACGGCAAAGAGUACAGAUAAGCCAGCCGCACAAACUCUCUGGACAAUGUCAGUGAGAAAGUCAUGCAUAAACUCGGCGUUCAGGCUCCACCAAAGAUCCUGAUUGAAAGAUACAUGAUCGAGAUCGCCAAGUCGUAUAACGUUCCGUUUGAGGCGGACCCGUCGGUGAUGGGACAGGACGAGAUACUGCUUGCGGAGAAUAUGCUGAUAGAUCUGGAUGAUGGCAAGAAAGGAAGAGCAAGCGGUGGAAGUGGAAUGGGAGGAGGAGGAGGUGGUGGCAUGAUGAUGCCUCAGGCCUAUUACCAGUUUGUUUCCGGUUCAUGUUUGUUUCACGUUACAGAGGGUGGUGGAGGAUACGAGGACAGUUUCCCAGAACUCCCAGCCGUACCCAACAGUAUCCUGCCUGAUCUCCCGGGCUCCAAGUCUUCUGGGGGUGAGGACGUAGAUGAGUUAAAGAGAAAAAAGUGA